AUGAAGGUGUCCACGCGCUGGUACAUCCAGCGUCUGACCAACCAGCAGUGCGAUCCAAGGCCCAAGUGCGUCAUGGAUAUAUCACCUGGCGCCGCAGGUUCGGCUUUCACAAAAUUUGUGACGCUCGCAAAAAGCUGUGGGCCUUUGGCCGAAUACUUGAUCCAGAAGGACACCGAUGUCAAUUUCUUCGGCAAGCAGCAGCUCUAUGCAUUAGUAUUUCCAGUUGAUACUGACAAGAUGUUGAAACUUACCCGGUCUUUUGACAUCCCAGCGCCGACGGCAAGUCCCAGCGAAAGAUGGCUCAUGGGAGCUCGGCCUGAGGAUAAAGACUACCUGUUGUCUGAUGAAGAGCAGGAAUUCCGUCAGGCAAACUGCUCCGUUGUGUGCGCGGUGGCGGACGUCGUGGACAUCAACGGCUUGGUUGCCCACGUCGAUUCUGGCGUCGACCGGCGGCAGGCCCAGAUUCAAGGAGGCGUUUUAGAACUCGACAUGAAGGUUGCGUUUUUCAGCUUGUUGGUUGUUGCCUUAAAGCAGCACGAUCAGCUCAACGUCGAAGCAGAGUUCCCGCUUCUGUGCAACGUUGUCAGCAACUGGGACGGAUGGAAAACUUUUGUGUCUAAGUACUUCGACGUCGAGGUGGCCGUCGCGAAGAAGCUGCUGAUUUCGGCAACCAGCCCCUACGGGCGGCAGUCGCCAAAUCCACAGGAGCGGCCUGACUGGCUCCCACACUUGGACUGUUUGCAGACGGAAAUAGUCAAUGCUUCUCGGUUUCUUCUCGAGCACGACGUUCUUUACCAGGAGGUCGCGAAGGCGCGACCAGAUUGCAGCUCGCUGCACAUCUUCUUCGGCGAACUGGAGUGCAGUGUCCUGAUGGACAUGAAGCACCUGUUGGAAGAAGCAGGUGCGGUGCCGAUCUCUUUAGUCUACGACGGUAUUUACUUCAGACCCAUGGGGCUCGACGUGCACGACGAGAACUUCAUCGCACAUGUGUCUGCGAUCGAAGCCGGCCACGGGAUAUCUCUGCAAUUGAAGGAUUUAAGCGGCGCGCCGAUUCCUUGGAGGAGCGCCGCUCCCGAGCCAGGCGACCGCAUUCUAGGCGGCAGUUCCUCUUCUCGGCCGCGCGAGGACGACUUCUCUUCCGUCCUGGCGGCUGCGUGCGAGAAGUUGGAAGGCAAGGCGCUCGAGGUUGUCCACGGUGAGAACAUGUGCGUCAUCAGUGCUCUCUCAAACAUGGACUUAGUUGCGGGGGAGCCGAGCCAGGCAGGGUUCGCUAGCGGCCCGUACUCUUACCGACAAUUGCAGAAGCUCUACCCCCCUCUCAAGUUCUCCGAGGUACUGCUGAGCGACUUGAUUUGCGCGGAUCCCAUGGAUAAUUUUGUCCUGCAUAUCGGCACGCCCGAACGGAUUGCAAUCCAAUGUUCCCUGAAGACCGUGUACACCGCCACUGCGAUGGGCCUAGUGAAGAAGCUCACCGCGAGCGGCCAUCUUCGCGAUUGGCGCGGCGAGAUCUGCCCCUGGUGCGGGGAGGGGGAGUUGGGCCCAUUGAAGAAUUUUCCAGGCAGGAGCGCGAGCUACCGAUGCAGGAGCAAAAGGUGCCAGAAGUUUGUGCUGCCCCAUCACGACCAUCCUGUGUUUUCACAUGGCCAGGGCAACGCAUCAGCGCCAUUCGCGGACAAGGUAGCUGUCUGCAUGUGUGCGACCUGGGACGUGGCACAGAGCAAGUGCCACCAGAUAACUGGUAAUAGCCACAAGCUCAUCGAGAAUGUCUACACUCGCCUUGACAGCGCCAGGAUGAAGUAUGUCAAGAAGAAGGAAAAGAGCAUCAAGUUCGGCGCUAUCGACAAGUGGCCGGACGUGGAGGCGGACGAGGUGGGCCUGGGCAAGAGGGAUGAUGCGGAGAAGGAUGACCAGGACAAGCCAGUGCAAUGGGAACAAUGGGGAGGAUUAGUCGAGCGGGGCAGGCCGGACACUUUGGUCCUGACGCGUCUUGAUCCAUGCACGACGAAACGGCGUGCUCCAGGGCCUGGCCCAAUCCGCAAACGCGACUGGAAGCCUAUUGCCAAGCGACACCUUGAGAACCGAGAGGUCGUGCUGCACACAGACGGGGCGAAAGCGUACAAGCUCAAGAUCCCGAAGGUUCUGCACGACAAUGUUGUCCACAUGAAGAAGAAGGUCACUCUGCGAGGGGUGACGCGCUGGAUCAAGCCGAAAUACUCUGAGGUUGUGGCCCACAGAUUGCCGACUGGCGAGCAGAUGUACACUAAGUCGGGAACGCAGAUCAUCGAUCGAUUCUGGUCGCAUCUGCGGAAGCAUUUGCAAUCGCGCACGCACAGGGUUGGCACCCUUGCCGCAACGCGCCGCAUUCGUUCCGCCCAGUGGACAUACUGGAACAAAGAUCACUUGCCCUUGGAGUGUCGCACGGCUCUGGAAGAUCUGAAAGCCGGCAUGGCGACCGCCAGCUUUCUCGACGCUUCUUGGGUGCCCAUCGGGAAGGUGCCCAACCCCACCCAUUUGUCCCACCUCCGCGAUUUGGAAGUGCCGAACGAGAGCAGGAAAGUGGUUUCCCGUAUGGUCUCCAUUCUGCUCGACGAAGCUUCGGCGGGAUCCUUGCACGCUGCGCAGCAGGCCUUUGCGCGCAAGCGGGACAUCGUACGAAAUGUCGUGGGCCUCAACGAGGUGUAUUACUCAGCCGUGGAAGCGGGUGUCUUGAAGGCAAUAUUAUGCACUGAUUGUUCCAAAGGGUACAACAUGAUGGGGUUGGCUUACGUCCGACGAGUUCUCGAACACGCCCGUGCCCCGCCGGACAUCCUGACCUGCGUGACAACGAUGAUCACGGGAUGCUCGUCGCAGCUCGUCUUUCGAGGGCGGGUUUUCGGGGUGAUCGCCUUGGAAUGCGGCCUCCGCCAGGGAGAUCCGGUAUCCUGCUUCCUGUACAUCAUUGCCGUGGAUCCGCUCUUUUGGGCUUUGCAAAACUGCCCUGGCGUAUGCAUGCUGUUUGGAUUUUGCGACGAUUGGCAAGUGGAGGUCGAGCUAAUCAGCGCCAUCCCCAACAUUCAGAAUGUGUUCGAUGACUUCCAGGCGGCGUCAGGGCAGGUGGUCAACGAAGCCAAGAGUGGUUUCCUUGUCACCAGGGAGGUCACUGAGGAAGAACUGACCGCCAUCAAGGCCAAUUGGGCGGAGUGCCGGGUGGUAUCUCGCAAACGCUUGUUCGGCAUCUUGAUUGGCGUCGACGUCAUUCCCGAAGAAGUCUGCCGCGAUCUGGAAGAGCGCCUGGCGGUUCGGCUGGAGGCAUACAGAGGCGCCGCCAUGUCGAAGGUGGGCAAGAUUUUCGCGACCAACACCUUCUGUUACCCACUGUUUUCUUACGUGUGGCGCGUGCUUUCUGUCCCAGAACAGACGAGAAGCAGAGUGGAAGACGCAGUGCGGCAGUUCGUCUUAGCAGUCCCAACGGUGAAGCUCUUGGCUCUGUCGGAUGUCCAGCGGAUGUUCGGCAUACGCGCAGAGCUCCACGAUUUCCGGCUGCGGAACGUCGUGGGCCUCAUUGGCGCCGCAGUCAAGUUGGAGACUUUCGACGUGGGGGCGCUGUAUCGGCGGUUGAUUGCCGCGGAAGCUGACGCCGUGGAAGGGUACGUUCGUCGCCGGCUGCGGGACCGCGGCAUUCGCCCGCAGUGCGCCCUGGGCAAUUUGGACAGCAUAGAGCACAUGUGCGCAUGCCCCGUCGUUCACGCUGCAUACGAGGCGAUUUGCAGUAGCACGGGCGUGAUGGAUGAAUGGCGCGACUCAUAUGCUUUCUUGAGCCUGCAGCUGCACGGUGCCCAGUUGCAGUCCAUCGCCGCUUUGCUUUUCGCUGUGGGCAAGGCUCGUUGGGCAAUGCGCAGAGGGCGCCGUUUUGACGACGAGCGCGACCUCGUGCAGCAUCUCCUGCGCCUGGUGGAGCACCCGUGGCCCAGCGGUUCGGAGGGCGCUCAGAGCAGACAAGAACGCCGAGCGCGCCGAGCGCGACGGCCGCCCGAGGACGAGCACGCGGUCACCUACAGAUCCGACGGGGCUGCCCGGGGCCAAGGCCGAGCGGGCGACGGGCUCGUCAGCAGCAGCUUCGGCGCCGUUCGCCUCCGGGAUGGGGCAGUGCAGGGGCGCGUCGGCAGACUCUUGCCGGCGUGCAGCAACAACGCGGCGGAGUACGAGGGCAUAGUCAGCUGCUUCCGGGACGCCUUGCAACGGCCCGACGCGGCGGUCACGUUCCAGGUUGACUCCUUGCUGCUGGCACGUCAGUGCAAUAUGGAGUGGCGAUGCCGGUCGCCGUCGCUCAUCCCAUAUUGGGAGCAGGCUGCUGACCUGUUACGCAAGCUCCGCGAUAGGGGCACGGCGUACACCAUUCGUCACAUCUACCGAGAAUUCAACGCACUUGCUGACAGCAUCGCCAAUGAGGUUAUCAACAACGGCCAAGACAUCACGGAACAUUGGCUUAUGUGAGAGAUACUGGGACACGCAAUGAUUCUUCGGAUUGGUUGAAAGCCAAACGGAAUUACAUAGAGUACAGGAACCACCGGCCAUCAUUGUUAUGCAGUGCGGAUAUUCUUGGUUACGACGGCAGGCUUAGAC